AUGUUUCCAAUCGCCAUCCCGAUCAUUAUUAUCAGUUCAGUUUCUCUCUCCUUUGCUGAACUUCCGUCUUGUUCCCACGGUUGGAUACGCAAUGGGUCUUCCUGUUACACCUUCAUCAGUGACGUACAAAUGGACUGGGCGGAAGCAAUGUUAUUCUGUAAAUCACUUAAAGCAAACCUUGUUGAAAUAGAAACGGAGAGCGAAAAUGAGUACCUUCGUCAACAUUUACUGGGAAUUGGGUCAAAAGGUAAUUUUUGGAUCGGUCUGAAUGAUAUCUUAGUAGAAGGGGAAUGGGUGUGGAUGUCUACCCAACAAACGCCCUCGUAUACAGAUUGGGCCCCCGGACAACCAGACAACUAUCAACAACAUGAAGACUGUGCAUUUCUCUGGCAGGCUACCACACUGCACUGGGACGAUGUAGACUGUUCUACUAAAUUCAGUUUCAUCUGUGAGAAAACAUUUACUGACCAUGGUAUUGAGAUAUUCGGCUAGCAUAUCUGCCUUACAUUGUAACUUUCUAUGACG